AUGCUCAGCGAAGGCGGGGCACAUACGAAUGUGACUGUUCAGGAGGCGCACGAGGUGAAGGAGGAGGAUGUUGCAGGGCUGCUGAGGAGAGAGAGACGGAACCCCAAGCUGCGAGGGGGGCUGAGUGAAGCAGAGGUGGAAGAGGUGAAGAGCGAGCUUGCAGGGCUGCUGGGGAGAGGUGCUGCAAGUAUAUUCGGCAUGGAUGCAGCGUCCGGUGCAGCAGUGGCAGCGCUGCAGCUAUCCCCGUCAGACCACGUUCUCGACCUCUGUGCUGCCCCAGGUGGGGUUGCUAAUUGCUCCUCAUUUUAUGCUUCUCUCUCAGCACACUCGGCAGUGGCAGCGCUGCAGCUAUGCCCUUCAGAUCACGUUCUCGACCUCUGUGCUGCCCCAGGUGGGGUUGCUAAUUGCUCCUCAUUUUAUGCUUCUCUCUCAGCACACUCGGCAGUGGCAGCGCUGCAGCUAUGCCCUUCAGAUCACGUUCUCGACCUCUGUGCUGCCCCAGGUGGGGUUGCUAAUUGCUCCUCAUUUUAUGCUUCUCUCUCAGCACACUCGGCAGUGGCAGCGCUGCAGCUAUGCCCUUCAGAUCACGUUCUCGACCUCUGUGCUGCCCCAGGUGGGGUUGCUAAUUGCUCCUCAUUUUAUGCUUCUCUCUCAGCACACUCGGCAGUGGCAGCGCUGCAGCUAUCCCCGUCAGACCACGUUCUCGACCUCUGUGCUGCCCCAGGUGGGGUUGCUAAUUGCUCCUCAUUUUAUGCUUCUCUCUCAGCACACUCGGCAGUGGCAGCGCUGCAGCUAUGCCCUUCAGAUCACGUUCUCGACCUCUGUGCUGCCCCAGGUGGGGUUGCUAAUUGCUCCUCAUUUUAUGCUUCUCUCUCAGCACACUCGGCAGUGGCAGCGCUGCAGCUAUGCCCUUCAGAUCACGUUCUCGAACUCUGUGCUGCUCCAGGUGGGGUUGCUAAUUGCUCCUCAUUUUAUGCUUCUCUCUCAGCACAUUCGGCAGUGGCAGCGCUGCAGCUAUGCCCAUCAGAUCACGUCCUCGACCUCUGUGCUGCCCCAGGUGCCAAGCUCUGCUUGAUUCUGGACGAGCUCUCGUCCGCCCCUUGUACAGCACAACAGGAUGUUUCUUGCAGCUCAGUCCCUCUCAGCACCACAGCACCCACUGAAAUUGGCACAGUAUCAGGUAGUGCACCCGACACACCCAGUGUAACCGGCACAGUGACAGCGGUGGACGUCUCCCCGGCUCGCCUGGCUGCAUGUCGCCCCUGUGAAUUGGUACCCGCCAGCAGCACUGCAACGGGCACCGUGUUGGGCAGUGCAGCUAGCAAGGGCAGUGCACCCGACACACCCAGUGUAACAGGCACAGUGACAGCAGUUGACGUCUCCCCGGCUCGCCUGGCGGCCUGUCGCACGCUGCUGCAGAAGCACCGGCUCACAGACAGGUGCCGGCUAUUCCUGGGGGAUGGCACUGCCUUCCGGCUUGGACCUCCUAUAUCUAAGCCGGGAAUGGAAUUGGGGUUAGGAGUAGGAUCAGCUAAGCCACGUGGCACUAAGCUGGAGCAGGUGUUGCCACGUGUUGCUGAGGGAGAGGAAAGAGCAGAGAUGGAUGAAAAGGCAGUGAUGGGUGAAAGGGCAGGCAUGGUUGGUGGUGGUAGUGAGCGUGUUUCAGAGAAAAAGGAAGACGAGGAGAGUGCAGGGCUGUGGGAGCAGGAGGGAAGAGAGGGGCAGGAUGGAGAGGAGAGAGAUGAAGGGGAGGAGAGAGAGGAGGGGGAGGAGAGAGGCGAGGGGGGAGGAGAGCAGCAGGAGGGAGAGGGACUUGGCAGUGGUGGGACACGGGUGCUGGGUGUGGCAGGGAUGGGUACGACAAGGGUGCUGCGUAUGAGAGACGAGCGGCCGAGCUCUUCUUCGCUGGGUGUUGGGUGCGGUGGGGAUGGGUAUGAUAAGCAGUCCGCCCAGCUCCCGCCGCUCCAGUCUCAUACGCAGCACCCUGACAGCGGCCAAGCAUUUCUUGCUGGGCUGGGCGGACUGCGUGGCAUUGCAGUGGUGGGGCACGGGUGUUGGGUGCGGUGGGGAUGGGUGCUGGUAGACGCAGAGUGCACGCACGACGGCUCGCUGAAGCACAUUCUCAAGUACGACUCAUGGGGAUGGCACACUCUCAACAAAAGAUUCCUGGAUCCCCAGAGACUCAACUCGCUCUCAGCACUGCAGCGCUCUCUUCUCGAGACUGGCUUCCUGCUGUUGAAGCCAGGAGGCAGGCUGGUGUACUCUACAUGCAGGUGA